ACCUUUCUUGUCCCUUUUCCCCAAAAUAAAACACAAAUGUCUGUCUACGUUGGCGAAUCACGAGGCGAGCUCCUUGCCUGGCUCAACGACCUGCUCGCGCCUACAGUCGUCACCAAGCUCGAGCAAUGCGGUACGGGCAGUGUCUACUGCCAGAUUAUCGAUUCCAUCUAUGGCGAUUUGCCAAUGAGCCGGGUCAAGUUUAACGCGAGGAUGGAGUAUGAGUAUUUGGAUAAUUUCAAGAUUUUACAAAAAGCGUUUACAAGGCACAAGAUUGAAAAGCCUAUACCGGUGGACAGGCUCAUCAAGUGCAAAAUGCAAGAUAACCUCGAGUUCCUUCAGUGGAUUAAAAAGUACUGGGAUAUGCAUUCCCGUGGAGAAGGCUACGAUGCCCAAGCCCGAGCCGGUGGCCAUAUCGCCGGCGUGAGGGCUUCCACAUCUCGACCCACCGCCGCACGUACCCGUCCAGCGCCCGCCGUAACCGGUUCUAGGACCGUCUCUUCAGCGAGCCAACAAGCGAAUUCAGCACAGGUCGCUGCUAUGCAAGCAAGAGUAGCGGAGAUUGAGGCGCAUAGUGAAGGGUUGUUGAAGGAGAGGGAUUUCUACUUUGACAAGCUGAGAAACAUUGAGCUCAUUGUGCAAGAGCGAUUAGCUGUUGAGGGUAUCACGCCAGAGGAGUCUGAUGUGAUGACCAAGAUCCAGGAUAUUCUCUAUGCGACCAUUGAAGGUUUCGAGGUUCCCCAGGAAGAAGAUUUCAUCGAGGAGCAGCCUGUUGAGGGUGAAGAAGAGACUUUUUAAUCAAUGUACCUUUUGUUUGCGGGUUUCUUUUCCGUGUCUUUUGCAUGUGCCAGCCUUGUAACAUGAUGCCGCAGAUUACUACAUUUACAGAGAUAUGGAACUCAUACAUUCGCCCUUUGUGCCCCAGGCGAUCACGUAAUGUUCAAGGACCAACCGCAGCUCUUCAAUCUCAUCGAGAAUCUCCA